AUGGCUUCCAGGACUAUGUGCACCUGCCACGGAACCAUCCAUCCCCUAAUCCCCGCGCGGACAGGGGCACUCAUGUGUCUCAACUGUGGGAACAUCGUCUGCCAAGCACAGGGCUUGGGGCCGUGUCUCUUCUGUGGUGCUUCCUGCAGCAAUGAGCAGUUUGCAGUCACCGAGGAGCUGGUCACACAGCAAUCAGCUAGCUCUGCCUCGCCCGCAGCUCGCCAAAUGAACGAAAACCUGAAACGCCUCGUCCGACGAAAUCCUUGUGAGCCCCUCACUGAGGCUGAAGAAAAAACUGCUGAGUUAUUCAGGCAGACAAUACUGAAGAACAUAGAAGAUGCGGCAGAGAUAGAUCCUGUGUUGGCCAUCAAGGAUGAUCAAGAUGGGCUCCUCGGGCUUCUUGGGGAUUAA